AUCAGAUUUCAAUUUGUACACAUUUUGAUGUUAGACUUUAUUCGGGUAGAUACAGUUGGAAUAUAUUGGACACUGGGUCCAUCAGACUUUCAGAGCAAUUUUUUAUCGUUAUGGAAGGAAUCUCAUCGGGGCCAACGCUUAAAGAACAUAUCAACGUAACGUUAUCGUAACGUAUCUCAACGACGGUCUUGUCAGUUUCUGCAUAAAUUAUUUGGUCAAGUUUCAAGUUUCAAGACAGUACCUAUAUUUUCGGCAAGCAGGAGAUUUUCUCACGAAAGGUUCAAACCAACAGACAAUAUAUUCGAACAAGAUUUCAUUUUCUUUGCGCUCAUUAAGCUAUCUUGAAAUUUGGCGCCCUACUGUAUUCGUUCUUGAUUUUUGUGUGACACUUUUUAGCCCCGUAGGAUGGACCCGAAGUUUCUGAUAUUCUCGAUUUUGGAUUGGUCAUUCCAGCACGGCUUGGUACGGGAACUAAUGCUUGUCUCUCCAAAUCGCUAAUUGGGAAUUAUAGCCGAACGUGGAAGUUGCACAGUUUGGGUAGAAACCUAGUCGGAACGGGUAUUUUGUUUUAUUUCCUACCAUCAAAGAGUAUAAUUCUCAUCGGUGAAUCUGAUACAAAUCUUCGACUUCCUGAAAGUAUAUAUAAAUCUGAGAACGAAAAGUUUUUGAAACGAAGAUGCAGAUCACUAGCGUUGGUCAACACAGCUGCUCAAUUUGUAACCAAGUUCUGAUGAUGAUCUCAUCUUAAUAAGUUAUUAUUCGAAAUUAGUGUGAACCCAGUCGUCAGUAACUAUUCUAAGAAUAGCUGUCCAGCAAAGACCAUCCCGUCUAGACUACAAACACAGCAAUCAAAUAAAAUGGACCCCCGCAGAAGAUAACUUCAUAUAAGAAAAAGAAGAACUAGAACAGAAAAUCUUCCGCCAGUAAUUCCGUACUGCCUUUAGGCUGAGUAGCAAUUAAGCGGUGCGCAACAGUUGGCCAAUCAUCACCAAUAUUCUCCAGCAGCCAAAUCAACGUGACGAUUGCAUGCCAACCUACGCUAAAGUUAACGCAACAGGCAGAAGAUUUGCGUAAAAUUGAGUUCUGCUCCGGCAAUGCCUUAGCAGGACACGUUGAUCUCUCUCUCUCUCUCUCUCUAUCUCUCUCGCUCUCAACUGUGGAGUGCUUUUGGCGCGCCUUUUUCCUGGAAAAUUGUGUACAGCAUCUCAACUGAGAGGCGACCAACACGACCCCUGGGUGCCGCUUGUUGCGCCUGAUCGUGAGUGCCAAGCUGUACGCUUGACCGUGAGUAAUAAUGCCCUAAACCGAAAUCGGUUCCGGCGCUUGCCAGUACUACUUCACUAUUGGUGGCGGUCGGGUGAUCUCUAGCUCGCGAGGAACACAUACAAACAUACAUACAUACCUACAUACACACACGUUCAGACAGCCUACCGUAUUUCGAUCCCGUACCAAUCAGUCAGUCAGUCAGACCCCCACCGAACUACCGAGGACUCGAAGCGCUGUUGCUCUUCCGACAGCAGGUCUUGAUUUGAAAAUUUUUCGACGAAUUUUUUUUUCAACUGGAUACAGGAAAAAUGUUGGUGAUGUUGCAGAUUUGCGAAGCUUAGAAAACGUGAGCUUGUAGUUUAUCAUAAAGUGUUCAAUCCGAAGUCCUACGUAAUUUUAUAGAGUGUAACAAAAGCGGACUCUCCCAGUUGGUCUCGCUAGUCAAAGUACUUUUAGAAGUAGUAUUCACGUAAUCCUCAAGGAACAUCAAUUGAAACUAGAAGGCAGACCAAACCCAGCACUGGUAUCGAUCGACGCAGUCAGCAGUUGUGCCCGGCAGCAGUGUAAACAGUGUAAACGAAACGAUUUCUAAUGGUGACAAUAAUUUAGUGACGAUCCAGGUGCAGACUCCUGACAGCAAGCCACCAAACACACAAUCCAAUGCCACACCGGCGAGUUGAUGUCUUCCGGCGUUCCGAACAAAAUUCUAAAGACUUUCUACCACUCUCAGCAGCCCACCACUAUCACCACUAUUACCACCGAAGGCUACCAUCGGCCGAUCAUCUAGCGUCCCUGCGUGCGUCUCGGUCCCGUCCACCACCGCCGCUAUUUGUACAAUAAUCUCUAGAGAUGGCGAAAGUUUCGGCAUCCUCCCACCAAGAUCCUACCGUAAUUGAUAUGAUGGAGAUCAGCAAGAAACGGCCGCCAAAGCUUAAGUCCGCCGACCGAACGGUAUCCGUGCGAAUCGACAACUACUCGCCAGGAGCCGCCGGUGGCGGAAGCAGUCCUAUUCUGCUCGACAACAGCCUUAUCGUGCACCACAGUCCUAUCGAACGCUUGUCGCCGGUGCCGCACCAGAAGCAACAUGACCCGAAGGUAUUCUUCCUGAACGAAUCUUCCUCUUCGCUCAAAGCGGAAGACUACAGCGCGAAUCCCCGGAAGCAAAUGCGCCGCUCGGAUACCCUUCACGUUUACUCACCCUCGAUGCAUCAGCUGCGGAAAGCUACAUCAUUUCACUCGAGAAGUAAUAGCGGAGGUUCAAAUCCGGACGAAAUCGUAGCAGCUCCCAUUAUCCGACACAGCAGCGUUCGUCAUUCGCACAUCUACCCUCGCGAAUAUCUAGUCAAACAGGACAGUGGUGGUGGAACGAGUAGUGGUGGUGGUGAGGAAGAAGAGGAAAUUCGUCCAUCCGGAACGUUCGUUCAUUCGCCAAAUCCCAGCGGGAAUCGCCGAAACUAUCAAAUGCACCGGUCAUUCAAUGAGCAACAGCAGAAACGGAAUGCGGCGUUUCUGCGACGAGAUUCGGUCAAGUUCCAUUCCCUCGGUGAUGACAUGCCUGCGGAAGUGAUAGAAAAAAGUCCACGUGAAUCGAAAAAGUUCAGUUCGGCAAACGCUUCCCUUGAAAAUGAAAUCUACCGAUCCCGAAGCAACAGUCGAUCGGAGAAAAAGAACGAAUCUUUCUCGGAAUUCGUGACUCGACAGAACAGUAAAAAAUACAACCAAAAGAACAGCACAACCAGUCUUGAUCAGGCAUUGCCUUACAUCGGUGGUGGUGGAGCUGGCAGUUUUCGACGAUCAGUGCUACAGCAUUCCAACGCACACCUACUGAGUCCCAAUCCGCUGUUCACGGACGAGUUCAAGCCGCAAAAAUCACCGAUUUUCGAUCAGAAAAAAUCAUACAGUUUGCGUUACAAAAACGGUCGGGAGGCACGGGAAACAUUUAAGGCGAAAAAAUCCAAAAGUUUCAUCAUGGAUUUGGAACCCCCGCCAGCGAUCAUCAGUGGCGGCAGUAGUCCUUACCGUAAAGACAGUAUUGCGUUCACUCCGGAAGAGGUGGACAAAAUCUACAAGGCUUCUCGGAAACUGUCUCCCAAUCUGAUACUGGACGACAUCGGCCGAGAAAUAUCGCCCGUUCCGAUGGACAUCAUGGACAUCAACUACGGUGUUAUCAUGAAGACGUAUCAAAUGAAUCGCCAGAAGUCAAUGCGCAAAAGCCGACGGAAAGGUGACGGCAAAAAGCCGGAAUUCGACGAGGACACUGAAUCGAACCGAAAGCGAAAGCGGAUAGCCUGCAUCGUGAUGACCGUGUUCAUAGCCUUAGCGAUAUUCAGCAUCCUAGCGGUCAUCGUAACAUUGACGCACACCAGCGCCGGUCCAUCGCAAACGAAACCAACGUACACCUUUGCCCGGGAUACGCCGAUUCACGCCAUUCCGACCUACACCAUAUCGAAGGAUUCACCGAAACAUUACAACGGAGGCAAUUGAUGCGGUAGCACUCGUAGUAAGCCCUGGGAAUCGUUUCAGUACAGUGAACCGUUCUGCAUAGCGGGCGGAAGUGACGCAGCAGGCUGCGACUUAGUGACGGUUAGCAUCGUAGAGCUGUUUAGUUAGCAGUUACUAGUGGUUUAGUACUUAAACGACGUUGAUUUGAGAUGAACAUUAACAAUAUCCAACGAAGUGCCAAGGACGACCCCGGAGCGGCUCUUAAGUCGCCCAUGUGGGCGGCCACUCUUUUUUUUCUACUCAAAAUUUCAUCUGAUCUGAAGAGCAAAACCAAACCGAACUGUCACUCAACAGCACUAAAGCGAAAGUGUUAAUUAGAGUACUGCGUGUUUAUGAACCACCAUGCGCAAGAAGUAAUGCAUACGAUAUACGUGAUUAGUGUUAACAAAUGUCAAAAAUAAUCAACAUUUUGAACCGGCGAAGUAAAAUAAUUAAUAAAUAACCUACCAGUAAAUUAGCCAGGGUGAUGUUACGAUAACCUGCAUACAAGUAAACCGAAAAGGAAAAAUUAAAUGAAAUCUAAAACAACUUAAUCUAAAUCUAAACAAGUAUUACAUAAUGUUUCUAAAGGACGACGCUAAUCAAAACAGAAGGAACUCUGACACAACUAACCGUAAUGUAAGCAACUCAGAAAUCACAACACAGAUAAUCAAACAAACAAAAAUAUAUCCAACGUUAAAGAAUGCAAUAACAUGAAUCAAACCCCGUUAUCAACGAAGAUUAAGCAAAUUAUACACCCUAAACAAUACGAGACAAAACGGUAGAAUAGCUCAAACUGACGUUAGAAAACAAAAUGAACCACCAAAAUGAAAUCAGAACGCAAUUGUUGAUUCAGUGAACUAUUUUUUUUUAGUCGAUCUCGGGUGUGGGUGUGUGCGUGCGUUGCUGCCGUGGCUGGUCGGGAUGAGUGAGAGGAAUUGAACCGCGCCCGGUUUGCCCGGUGCUGCUGAACGUCCUCCGCAAACAGUGUCACAUUUUAGUUCGGAAACCGAAAGAUGAAAGGGAAGUGCAACGCCCAUCCGGUAUCCGUUUCCUCUUCUGAUCCGAGCGAGAGGCUAGAAAAAAAGGACAAACCGGCGUUUUUUUUGUGAUUUAGGCCCGUUUGUCAGCGUGCUUCUUCGGUGUGACAGCAGCAGCAGCAGCAAGUGGACAACCCAGAAUGAUUGGUCGCUGUUUUGUUUACCACCGACACACCGGAACGGAUACGCACAGUGGUGCCCUGGGGAAAUGUACUGCAAGUGAUGCCACAGAAAAUACGAAGAGGUAAGCGUUGCAUCCAAUCAAAGUUAAGUAUACACUUUUAAUAAGGAAAAAUCAUCACAUUACAUCAUAUGAUAUUUUUAUACUGGUUGACAAGACAGAGGAUA